AUGGCUUCUGGCUGGCUAGACGUCACGGUGGUGGGCUGCAAGGAUCUAGAUGACGUGGAGUUGUACGGGAAGCAGGACCCUUACGUAGUGUUAAAGCUUGGUAACCAGCAGCACCGCACCAAGACACAUCAGGACGGCCACACCACCCCUGUGUGGAACGAGACGUUUCAGCUGCAGCUGAAGGCCGGUGUCAGCACCUUGGAAUGCCAUGUAUGGGACAAGAACAAGCGCAGGGAUGUUCUGAUUGGCAACUGCUCUCCCAGCGGAACGCAUCCGCGCCUCCUUCUACCAUACAUUCCUCAACGGCAGCACCAGCAGCAGCAGCAGCAGCAGCACCAGGAGCAGCAGCAGCAGCAGCAGCAGCAGCAGCAGCAGCAGCAGCAGCAGCAGCAGCAGCAGCAGCAGCAGCAGCAGGAGCAGGAACAGCAGCAGGAGGAGCAGCAGGAGCAGCAAGAGCACGUGUUCCCCUCCCUGACCACUACACCUCAUCACCACGGCAGCAGUCCUCUCAACCCCACGCCUUUCCCCCACCCCAAUCACUCUAUCCCCCUCCGCCACAGCCGUGGUCCCCCAUCUGCCCCCCCUCUGUCUCCCCCUCAUUCUCCUGUCCCUUCCCCACCCCGCUCCCCUCCCCCCACUCACUCCUACAACUACCCUCCCCAGCCCACAGCAACGCCACCCCCCUCUGCUCCUCUCACACACCCCUACAGCUGCCCCCGCCAGCCCACAGCAACACAGGGCGCUUACCCUCCCACCCCGUACGGUUACCCCCCCUCUUCUCAAAACCCUCCUUACGGAUACCCCGGUUACCCCCCACCUUCUCAAGCUCCCCCCUAUGGGUACCCCUACGCCCCUCCUCCUGCCCCAUACGGCCAUCCUCCUCCUCCUGCUUCCUACGCCCCUCCUCCAGCCCCGUAUGCCUAUGGUGCUGCCCCUUGGGGGUAUUACUCUCACUAG